CUGCUCAUCGCAUACAUUUUCUGAAUUUCAAUCUCCUCAGAAAUCACGCGCAUACGGUGUUUGCAUACAGAGUCCAGAGCACAAUCAUACAGAUCUUCCCGAGUACUUCAUCUGUCCAACAGGAAAGUUCGAAAAUUUGAAGAAGAAUUUGAAGAACUUCAUGGAGUUUUUUUACGGUAGCAGUAAUGAUAUGCAAGCUUCCAAUGUUCAUUCCUUCGACGGCAAUGUUUCGCCGAUCAACGCUCAGAACUUCAUAGGACGAGGCCGUUUCUAUCCUGGAUCAAAAACUCCGAUCCUCGAUCCUUACUCUUCUUCAGAAAGUACUGGUAGUUCUUCCAAUAAAGUCUCUCCGCUAGCCCGAUACCUUUGUCCAAACUCGCCGGUGCCGUUUAUUAGCGAUUCUCCAAAGCACCGUUCUCUGGUCAGUACUAGCAGCGGAAGCAGAAGCGGUUCCGGCGGCGGAGUUUCCCGUUCGCCUCUAGCUUCACUAGAGAACAUUGAGAUUCCGCUUAUGUUCAGAACUCCAGUGAAGGUCGAAGAGGAUGUGGUAGUCAUGGACGGUAUUCUGGUUGAGCCGAAACAUGGUCCGAGAGCUAAAUUGUUACCGUCGACAUCAGAUUCAGGUGGACGGUUGUCUUCAUCGACACCGGCAAAUGACAAUAGCUUUCAUAAAUCGGAAACUUGUCGGUGGUGGGAGGAUUCCGGCACUUGCCGCUUUGGUUCCAAAUGCCGGUUUGUACACGGGAAAGAAGAUUUAUGCCCAACUGCUUUCGCCAACAGAAAUCAAUCUGAGGCACUGCUCUGCAGAUCAUACAGUUCAGGACCAUCUUCUUAUGGACCAAGGGGCCGAUCUGUUCAUCAGCAGGUCCACUCAGCCGCGUCUCCGGCAAAAGCAGCAUCAAUGUCCACCCGAACCACUACUACUACUACUCUUAAAGUGUUUACUAAAGACAAAGAGCCCUCAAGCAGCGACAGUAGCACCACUUCCACCCCCACCAGUACUAUCUCUUCCACUGACUGGUGUCCCCUGGAUGACAAUAUCGAGGUUACAUUGCCUUCUACUGGUGAAAAUUGUGUUUCCAGGGAAGAUGUUAAUGCUCAUAUACAGACUGUUCUCUAUGGCACUUCUGGAAGGAAGAGAUUGCCGGCAUGCAUUGACUUAGUUGAGUAGUAGAUAGCCAUAUUAACAAGUCUCAGUUCAAGCCAUCAAUUCUCAAUAAAGUUUUCAUAGAAGGAGUGGGCUCAUGAAUAGGGAAGAGUAGAUGGAAGAAGAGGGGAUGGAUGACCAUUUUUAUGGAAGCAAGCAAAGUCUCAUUGGUUACAAAAUUUUCAUUUUGAUAAAGGAUAUUUGGCAUUAUCCACCAUCAAUAUAUAAGAUGUCAAUCAUGUUUGGCCAUGGAA